AUGGGCCUCGACCUCACCCUCUCGACCUACGCACUGAUUGGCGGCAGUGUCGUCACAUCCAACGUGCUGUUCUCCAACAUUAGCACGACCGCUGUAGGAGUAGUUCCACUCCUCAAUGGACGCUUUGGGCCUAUCGAUAUCCGCGUCAAGGACAAGGUUGACAUCUGGACCCAGUUCUUCAAGAAGGCCUCUGUCACCGCUCUGGCUUCCGUCGCCCUCACCGCCGCAUGCAGCACCGUCGUGUACUUGAACCACCCCUCUGCCUUUGUCCGCAAGUUGUCCGUCACCGGCGCCAUCUGCUCCGCCCUCGUGGUUCCCUACACGGUGCUCUUCCUGGCGCCGACCAACAGCGAGCUCUUCGACAUCCACAAGUCAGGCGACCUCGACACGGGCGUGGCCGGCGACGAGAACCCGCGCGCCAAGCACGCCAACGCCCUCCUGGACAAGUGGGAGAAGCUCCACAACGUCCGCUACCUGGCCUUUAUCAGCGGAUGGGCGCUGGCCCUCACUGCCCUUGUCAUGGACAACCGCGCGUAG